AAUAGUUAGAUAGACCUUAUUCGACAAUGAUUACGCGUGGUCUUGCGAUCUUGUUAGUUUCGGUUUCGAUUGCCGUGGCGUUCGACUGGUACUCACUAACGGAGCAAAACUACGCUGCAAUUCAGUCCGGUCUAGCCCAGUUGAAUGAUGCCGCCAAAGGGAUGAAUACUUCAAUGGUCGAGAAUCAGAAGAUUUGUCAAGAUGCCAUAAACGGGUUGAUUGUGCAUAUAAAUCGAUCGUUGAUCGCACUGCAACGCGUGUAUCCGGAAGCUGCUAAUUUGUCAACGGAUCAGCUGCCAAGCACGAUGUUCUACACUUGGUAUGUGGAAUCUGUUGCCGACCAGUUCCGUCAAGCGUCAACCAAUAACGUAAUGAUGCCUGCGCAACGAGUUGUACGAACCAUUUUGGACGCCAUGAACGAUUUGUAUUCUAAUCCGUCUCGUAGUUGUGCUGAACGGUAUGCUACCCAGUUGAUUCAGCCGAGGAUUUCAGUUGGUCGUCUAAAAGAUUGUCUGACUACGAAUAUUCCGUUCUUUCGGGGAUUGACUGAAACAACUGAACUGCUGCUGCGCUACACAGAGAAAGCUGCAGACGCUAACAUUGCUCAGGUGCAGCUUUGUACGCCGGAUUCGAGGAGUUGUAUUGCGGAAUUUUUCGAAGAUUUACCGAGAAUUUUAGGCAACAUCAUAAGCAACAUGGGCAGUCUUUACGGAUUUCCUAACGCUUUUGGGCAGCCAGCAAGUGAAAGAAAUCAGGAAUGCGUUUCGCUUAUUACGCUCGACAUACAGGAAGCCAUCCAGGAUAUGAAAGCCAAUGUUACUUCUUGUUCUGGGAAUUAGCAUGUCUUGAAGUGUGCGUUGUGUAUAUAUUUUAUCCAGUGACAGUCUUUGUUAUAAAGGUUCGUCCCUUCGGAGAAUGAAUUAAUCAAAUGAAACAGGUUGAAGAAAGCUAGUAGCGUUCCGGCAACUAGCACUAAAAUGGAUCAGAAAUUUGUCUUGCAAGUUUAUCAUUACGAGAAGUGCAGAAAGAAAUAUAGUACAAAUACUAAAUAAACUAUUUAUAUAAACGAAGAA